GUUUACUCGCGAUGCAUAUCGGGAAGUCUGUUCGUCGCCAUCUUGGAUUCGCCGUCUGGGGAACGUAGAAGUCGAAUAUUCUUAUUUUUGAACAUGAUAAAGGGAAUUUUGAUAUUUAAUAAUCAUGGCAAGCCCCGGCUGACUAAGUUUUACCAACAUUAUAGCGAAGACAUGCAGCAACAAAUAAUCAAAGAGACGUUUCACCUAGUUUCUAGACGGGACGAUAACGUAUGUAACUUCCUGGAAGGCGGAAGUCUUAUUGGAGGUGCAGACUUCAAAUUAGUUUACAGACACUAUGCCACUUUGUAUUUUGUAUUCUGUGUGGACUCCUCAGAAAGUGAACUUGGAAUUUUAGAUUUAAUACAAGUGUUUGUUGAAACACUGGACAAGUGCUUUGAAAAUGUCUGCGAGCUUGAUCUAAUAUUCCAUAUGGAUAAGGUCCAUCAUAUUCUUGCAGAAAUAGUCAUGGGUGGAAUGGUGCUUGAAACCAAUAUGUCAGAAAUAUUAACUCACAUUGAAGCACAGAAUAAGCUUGAAAAAUCCGAAGCUGGAAUCAGUGCUGCACCACAAAAAGCUAUGUCUGCUGUCCGAAAUUAUAGCCCCAAUCUACAGAAUCUCUCAAAACCAAAUUUAUCCCUACCAUCAUUACCUUCACUGCCCCAUAUUAAUUUACCAUCUUUUAAAAACUGAGUAGAUUUAUAAACGGUUAGCUUUAAUUUCCAAUAAUAAAGUAGAAUGUCAUUCAAUUUAGGGGGUUGACCUGUAGGGUGGGAAAGUUGGUUCUAUCGAGGGGGGUUGCCAUUAUAUUUUGUUCAUUGCAUUAUUUCAGAAAAAUAUGUACUGUAUACACAUUAUUGGAAAUUGAGACUAGCUUAUAUAUUAAAGAUUUAGAAUUAAGAGCAAAUUCAAUUUUUUUACUGUACUUUGGUUAUUAGAUUGAUACAACAGGGUGGCUACCGUAUGAGACAAAUAAUAUUACUAGUUUUUGGGUUGAGUCAGCAAAUAUAUAAGUGUUUCUAAUCUCAGUUGGAGUAUUUUAUAAUAAGUACCUAAUGUGUUACUUUUAGUACAUCAUGACCAUAACUAGAACAUUUUGGCCUUGGGGGAGGAGGCAAGUGCAGUAUUAUCAUCCCUUGUAAGUGUGGGGUGGGGUGAACACCCUUGUUUCUCCCAUGUGUUGUGAGUUGUGAAUAUACGACCUUACACUCUACCUUCCCCUCCCCCACAACAAGACCCCAAAAAAACUUUCAAAUCAAGCACUAAUAAGUUUGUCUGGACUUACAAAUGCUGGACCAUAAUCAGCAAUAAAAACAAGACAGUGAAACCGUGGAAUGCACUAUAGCUUGACUUCUGCUCAAUGUUUCACAGGGCUAUGAAAACCACUCACUCUAUUUGCAAACCUUUUUAAAUCAUACAACCAUUUCAAUAUAAAUUAUCUGAAAGUACAUGAAAAAUAAUGGCUUUUAAUAAAAUCAUGAUUUAUAAAGAA